CUUCCAAUUAUAGUGACGGGAAGGGGAACGUCUGGACCCCUGGAACGAGACAAGGCCCAGGGGGUGGCCGACAAACAGGGACGGCUGACGACAUGCCAACACACACAUGAUCAACGGCUCCAUUGUGUAUGAUCUGGCCAAAUCGGCCCUCGAUGCUCGCCAAAUGAAUUCAGCACACUGCCCUCCUCCGCCAGCCUCCCCAUAGCCAGCACCCAAUAGUGUUACGCACUGCGACGACAACGACGGCAUGCUUCUGCGCCGCCUGCCAGAUCCCGACCUGCCUCCCGCCUAUUUGCCCGAAACCAGGUAGACAGAGACAGACAGACAGACAAAGACAGAGCUCCGCCGUCGGCACAACACGCGAUGGCUAUCUCCUGGGGGACCAUCAAGUCCCUCCUGAUCUUCUUCGCGCCGAUCCUCCUGCCGAAAGCGCUGUCCUACUACCGCGCGGUGCGCGCGGCCUCGGCCUCGGCCCGCGGGUCCCGGCCGCGGGCGUUGCCGGCCGCGGCGCGGCGCGGCGUCGUGCUGCUCGCGCUCGCCGCGGGCGUGUUCCUGGUGCUCGGGCUGGUGCCGGCGCUGGCGCCGGAGAACGUGUUCGCGCGCACGCAGUCGCGGCUGCAGAUCCCGACCGACGUGCUCUUCAACCGGCUUGCGGCCCUGCGCCGCGACGCCGGCGCCCCCGGCCUCGCCCCCGACGACGAGGCCCUGCGCGCCCGCUUCGUCAGCCUUGAGUCCCGCCUGCUCUACCUCCGCUUCGGCCCCGACGCCCUCGCCCGCUGCCCCUUCUGCGGCCCCGACGACCCCCGCGCCUACUUCUACUACGCUGUCCCCGCCCUGCUCGCCCCCCACCUCGUCAACCUCGUCCUCGUCUCCCUCGCCACCUCGGCCUCCUUCUUCUCUCUCUUCUCCUCCUCCUCCUCCUCCCCCUCCCCUCCCUCGUUCAAACCCGUUGACAGCGGCCCUGGACCCACCGCUGGAGAGGGUAAGGCCGCGGGUGACACUGACGACGACGACGACGACGAUGAUGACGGGAGCGGUGCCUCCGUCUGGCGCGGCCGCGCCGCCCUCGUAGCUGCCCUACUCGCCGCCCUCGACCUGUACCUCGCGGGGACGUACAACCACCAGGCGAACGCGCGGGCAACGCGGCUCGCGGACCUCGCGCCAUUCUUCUGGCGGCAGCGGACGCUGCGCCUGGUCUCGCUGGCCGGGUUCGACGCGGCGCUGGCGGCGCUGGUCUGGCUGUCGGGCACGCGGCGGCUCCCGGCGGCGCUGCUGCUGCCGCGGGGGUCGGGGGCGGUGGCGACGGCGAAGGCGGCCGCCCGCGCGGCGCGGCGGCUGCAGGCGGCGCGCGGGCGGCUCGCUGCCGUCGGCGUCGUGCGCAACGCGUCGGCCCGCGACGAGGCCCUGCGCCAGCGCGCCGCCGCCUACUGGGCCCACGAGGUCCGCCUCAUGCGCGAGGUCAUGGAGGAUCGCGACGUCGUCGAGGGCGUCAACGACGCGCUCCGCAACCGCGUCGACAUCCAGCGCGUCACCCGCGACGCCGACGCCUACGUCGCCGGCGUCCUGCCGCGCCUCGAGAGCGAGGUCGCCGCGGCUGCUGCCGCGAGCACGACGGCCGAAGAGUCCGGGGCGGUGCCGGAGACGGUGGUUGGCUGAUGGCGGUGGGAGAGGAAGUGCGUGCAUGGAAGGGCCGGGUUCCUACUGUAAUAUAUACCUGUACAAUGGCCAUGACGGCACCGUAGUAGAAAGGGGACAUGAAUUUAAGGGGUACUAUACUAUUUGGAACUGAUUACGUGCACACGCAUGUAUGCGGGGCGGUUUAAGAGCUGGCCCGAGGAACUGGGGAGCACGGCAGUGAAAGCGUGAAUGUUACAAGAUCCAUGAUUUCGGUGUCGAUCGAAUCUGUCGUAGCGAUCGUGUCUCUUCUGGGACUACGAUGCUGCCGGCUGGGCCCGAUAGACGGGCACUGUUGCUCUAACUAGACACUACUUACUACGUCGUCUUGUAGAGGGGGAGAGAAGGAAAGGGAGAAGGGGAUGCAAGCGGUAGAGUACAUGAAGAUACGCAACCGAUCUCGACGAGAUUCAAACACGAGGACUACACGUGGAAUACAGCUAGGUCGAGGUACUGCUGUCUCCUCUCUCCUCAUU